CUGUGAUAAGCAGAAGGACAAUCCUCCACCCUCUGAGCUGGGGUGAGUGAACCUUGCCCUGGAAGCCUAUCACAGUGCGACCGCAACACUGUCCUAGGCCACACCAUGGCCGGCCUGCUGUGCCUCCUCCUGCUCAGUGCCUCCCUGGCCAGCCUCCUGUCACCCGGGGGAAGUGUGUUCAUCCUCCGGGAACAUGCCAACAGCUUCCUGAACAGGGUUAAUUCAUUAUCUGAAGAGAGAAAAAGAGAAUACCUUGAAAGUGAGUGUGUGGAAGAGACUUGCGAUUACGAAGAGAUCCGAGAAGUCUUUGAGGACACGGAGAAGACGAAUGAAUUCUGGAAUAUAUACAAAGAUGGUGACCAGUGUGAAAGCAAUCCCUGCCUGAAUCAGGGCAGGUGUAAGGACGGCCUUGGGGAAUACAACUGCACUUGUCAGGAAGGAUAUGAAGGCAGAAACUGUGAAUUACGUGAGUUCCUCUUCUUGGUAGGCCUUCAAGUCCGAGUUACCUGAAGAAUCCAAUGUGGGAAAGAGG